UAUUUAUCAAGAUGGCGGCGUGACGUAAAAGUCAGAGGGAAGUGAGAUCUCGGCUGGGAACAAUGUUUACCUGAUUGCGGGUGCCAGCCAGAGCCAAGAGCCGUCCGAACUUUUCGCUCUCGGGACACCCACCGCUGCCGAGACGUCGCGGAUUUGGCAGGGAGCCUCGCUAUUUGGCAAGAAAGCGAACCCGACCCUUUUGCGCUCUGGUCGAGACGAGAGGGUCGACCCUUUCGCACCUCGACACACAUUCGCAAAGCUCUCUCCUGAAACCUGGUUUUCGACCAGGAGCUGCGUCUGCCGAACGUCAGACAUGCCAUCGACCGACAGUGUCGGACGGUAGGCGUUGAGACGGUCCGAAUCCAGCCGUCGGCGUCGUCCGCUCUCGAUUGUGCCUGAUUCAGCUGGUAGCAGAGCAAAAACAACAUGGACCAGGCAGGUCAGGAGGAGCCCCUGAUGAUGCCCGUGGCCAGGGCCUACAACCUCAUGGACUCGUCCAGGGUGUCCACCUUUCUUAUCUCCAUCCUUCUCAUCGUCUACGGCAGUUUUAGGUCGCUGAACAUGGAGCAGGAAGCGCGCGAGCGGGAGAAGAACAAAAAUGCCAACAACCCCUCGAGCGGCGGUGAAAACAGCAAUUUCUUUUCAGACGUGCAGACGCUGGACACGAUGCAGGCGCUGUGUCUGCCGCUCGGUGCCUCCAUCUCGCUGCUCGUCAUGUUCUUCUUCUUCGACUCGAUGCAGAUGCUCUUUGCCAUCUGCACUGCCAUCAUCGCUACGGUGGCGCUGGCCUUCCUCUUGCUGCCCAUGUGUCAAUACAUUAUUCGACCAUGCUCUGAAAACAAAAAGAUCUCAUUUGGCGUGUGUGGCCGCUUCACUGGAGCCGAGCUCCUCUCGUUCUCUCUAUCCGUGUUUAUCGUCUGCAUUUGGGUUCUCACAGGCCACUGGCUGCUCAUGGAUGCCAUGGGCAUGGGGCUGUGUGUUGCAUUUAUCGCGCUGGUGCGACUGCCAAGUCUCAAAGUAUCCACUCUGCUGCUCACCGGCCUCUUAAUCUACGACGUUUUCUGGGUCUUCUUCUCAUCUUACAUUUUCAGCACGAAUGUCAUGGUCAAGGUUGCGACCAGACCUGCAGAUAAUCCAGUCAAUUUGGUAGCGCGCAAACUGCACCUGGGCGGCAUGGUGCGGGAAGUGCCGAAGCUGUCGUUGCCGGGCAAACUCGUCUUUCCAAGCAUCCACAACAGCGGUCACUUCUCCAUGCUUGGCCUGGGCGACAUCGUGAUGCCAGGCCUUUUGCUGUGCUUUGUGCUGCGAUACGACAUGUACAAGAAAUCUCAGUCCCUGCAUUACGCUGAUGCUGGCGUGCCUCCUCCAAGGCAUCUUAGUAAAAUAAGUUACUUCCACUGUUCCCUAAUCGGCUACUUCCUUGGGCUGCUGACCGCCACAGUGAGCUCGGAAGUGUUCAAGGCUGCUCAGCCAGCGCUGCUGUACCUCGUACCUUUCACCCUGCUGCCCCUGCUCACCAUGGCCUACCUCAAGGGUGACUUGCGGAGGAUGUGGAGUGAGCCGUUCAUGCCGUAUGUGCCAGCCAAGCACCAGGAAGUGUGAUGCCCGUUGCGUGGAUGUGCGUGUCGCAGGGCCGGGCGAGCAGCGUAGUUCUCCAAAAAAGCACCCUAUCGUUCGUUUCAAUUGUGAAUUUCGAGAGAGCGAGAGAGAAAGAAAGAAGCAUACUCGUUGACUCUAAAGCAACAAUAAGUCGCCGCGAAGACGUUUCAUUUACACAACAUUCUGUGUCUGCGUGUGAUAUAUAUAAAGAGAAAAAAAGAAAUAUCAAGCAUGUUUAUCUUUGAUCUUGAUUGAGGUCGAAUGCAAGCGCGAGUCUGUUUUAAUUAAGCUGCAAUGUAUUGAUAAGUUCUUUUUUUUCUAAAUCAAGUAUUUACUAUAUUUACUUUCCGUUCCAGACAAGUGUUGAUGUCAAUCAUGACUCUCUUGUUUAAUUAUAUUGAUUUUGCCGUAGUCAGUUGUGAUGAUGGGGACAUUUUAAAAAUGCCCUCAAAGAGCAUUUCGAAAAUAAUGUUCAUGCUGUUUCGUAUUCCUCCUGUGUACUAACUGUUUAUGUACGAGCAAACUUCUCCUGCUAGUGUUAAGCAUUUUCUAAUUAAAGGUGCAUUGCAGAUUACAUCAUGGAAAAA